AAUAUCUGUUGGCGCCUUAGGCGGUCAGCCGUUGGCACAACCAUUUACGAAGAACAAUGCGGAAUUUUCCCGCCUUCAUACGGAGUUUCAAGUGCCCAUCAACUUCUUUCAUAAUUUUAUGUAAUGGAUUUUCUGUAAUUGUCAAAAAGUUUGCCUAUUCGUCCAUGGUUGUCAUGAACUCUGCAAAACAGGGCACUUCAGUUUGGAACUCGGUGAUCCAAAAUUACCUCCGAUGCGGAAAGCUAGAUGAUGCUCGUCGUGUUUUUGACGAGACUCCUUCGCCUGAUGUUUAUCUUUAUACCAUGAUGAUUGCUGGAUAUUCACGAAACGAUAGACUAUACGAGGCAUUACAACUGUUCUAUAAAAUGCCUGUUCGAGAUGUUGUUUCUUGGAAUUCCAUGAUGAAGGGUUGUCUUGAUUGUGGGAACUUAGAUAUAGCUCGAAAGAUAUUCUAUGAAAUGCCGGAAAGAAAUGUUAUCUCCUGGACCACGAUCAUAAAUGGGUUCUUGCAAUUUGGAAGAAUUGAAAUGGCUGAAGUUCUGUUUCAUAAGAUGCCUUCCAAGGAUACGGCAGCAUGGAAUUCAAUGAUUUUUGGGUAUUGUAGUCAUAACCGGAUUAAUGACGCUCUCAGGUUUUUUAAGAGGAUGCCUUUUAGGAAUGUGAUUUCCUGGACUACAAUGAUCAGUGGAAUGGAUCAGCAAGGGAAUACUGAUAAAGCACUUUUCCUCUUCCGGCAGAUGCUGGAUUCAGGGAUGAUACCCACUUCAAGCACGUUCUGUUGUGUACUAACAGCAAGCGCAAAAAUAUCGGCUUUUAACCAAGGUGUUCAACUUCAUGCCCAUCUCAUCAAGUUGGGGUAUGUCUUUGAUGCUUUUGUCUCUACUUCACUGAUCACCUUUUACGCGAAUUGUGAGAAAAUCGAGAAUUGUAGCAAGAUUUUUCAGGAAAACUUGCAUAUAAAUGUUGUUAUGUGGACUGCUCUUUUAACAGGUUACGGUUUAAAUAAUAAGCACGAAGAUGCUUUGGAUGUAUUUUACAACAUGAUAAAAGUUGGGAUCCUGCCCAAUCAAUCAACGUUCACUAGUGCUUUGAAUUCAUGCAGUGGACUAGAAGCUCUUGAUAGUGGAAAAGAGAUUCAUGGGAGGGCUAUUAAGCUUGGGUUGGAUGAGGAUGUGUUUGUUAGUAAUUCUCUUGUUGUAAUGUACUCUAAAUGCGGAAACAUACAUGAUGCAACAACUGUUUUCAACAAUAUGAGCAGUAGGAACAUUGUUUCAUGGAAUUCUAUAAUUGUUGGGAGUGCACAACAUGGGUGUGGUGUCUUGGCCCUUGAGUUCUUUGACCGGAUGGUAAAUGCAAAGGUGCAACCCGAUGGGAUUACAUUCGUUGGGUUGCUUACUGCUUGUAGCCAUGCUAGGAUGUUAGAUAAGGGGAGAGAGUUUUUUGAUUUAUUGACACGAGAUGCAUCAAUUGAAGUGAAGUCUGAGCAUUAUGCAUGUAUGGUGGAUAUCUUGGGUCGAUCUGGGAAGUUGGAAGAGGCUGAGGAAUUCAUUAAGAUCAUGCCAGUGAAAGCAAACUCCAUGGUCUGGUUAGCUUUGCUGAGUGCCUGUAGAGUACAUCAUAACUUGGAGGUGGCAAAAAGAGCUGCACAACAUGUCUUUGACCUGGAACCACAUAGUAGUGCAGGAUAUACUUUAUUGUCCAACUUAUAUGCUUCAGCAGGUAAAUGGAAUGAUGUCUCACACAUAAGAUGGAUGAUGAAGCAUAGAGGAAUUGUGAAGCAACCAGGAUAUAGUUGGGUGACACUAAAGGGAUCAAAGCAUAGGUUCGUUUGUGGAGAUAGGUCCCACCCUUUGAAUGACAAAAUAUACCAGAAGUUGGAUCUUUUGGGUGCAAAACUGAAGGAGUUGGGUCAUGUUCCUGACCAGAGUUUUGCAUUGCAUGAUGUGGAGGAUGAACAGAAGGAAGUGAUGUUGUCUUUUCAUAGUGAGAGGCUUGCCAUUGGAUUUGCACUAGUCAGUACUGUAGAAGGUAGUACAAUAAGAGUGAUGAAGAACCUUCGUGUGUGUGGGGAUUGUCAUUCUGCUAUCAAGCUUAUAUCAAAGAUUGUUGGGCGUGAGAUCAUUGUGAGAGAUUCUAGUCGAUUCCAUCACUUUAGGGAUGGAAACUGUUCUUGUGGGGAUCAAUGGUAAAAAUUUGGUAGAUGGUUUGUUCUUGUAGAUGUUGCGGAAGGUUAUUUUUUUGUUUUUGAUGGCUGUUCACUAGGCAGAUGAAGCAUAACAUGUGAUGAACAAAAGCAGAAUGGCCUAAGGUUUCAGGACUGCCACUGAGAAGUUGGGUUUCAAAGUAGCUAAUAUUCUUAGAUAGUGAUUGCUACAGAAGGAGGGAGUGCUAGCAACAAAUCUAAGUAAGAGUUUUUGUCUUUCCCCUAUGGGAAGAGGAGCAGGGUGGGAAGGGGAAGCAAGAGUUUGAUCAACUCUUUCAUCAACAGUUACCUUUAAAGGUA